CCUGCCGGCUAUAGCUCCGCCCCAAUCAGACAUCACCAUGGCGCCAGCAGCGGCGCUGAGGACUACCACCAGCUCCGCGACGACCGCGGUGCACCGGGGCGGCAGCAACAACAACAACUACACGGGCGGCGGCGGCGGCAACAGCGGCGGGGGCGGCGGCGGCGGCGGUACCGCCAGCGCCUCCACCACGGCCCCGCCCCCCCGGGAGGCCGGCAGGGGAGCGGCGGCCAAGCCCCCCCUCCUGCCUCCUCCCCCGCCUCCCGCCGCCGCCGCGCCCGCCGCCGCCCCGCCCACCCCCUCCCCCCCGCCCCCGGAGUCCUACCCCCUCCUGGAGCGCUUCUGCGACGCCCGGGAGCGGCGGGAGAUCGUGUGGCCCCAGACCCAGGGCAUGGCGGUGGAGAGGCCCUGCCCCAAGGGGACCCGAGGCACAGCCUCCUAUUUAUGCGUGCUGUCCACUGGGGCCUGGCACCCAAAGGGGCCCGACCUCAGCAACUGCACCUCCCACUGGGUCAACCAAGUCGCCCAGAAGAUCCGCAGCGGGGAGAACGCGGCUAACCUGGCCAACGAGCUGGCCAAGCACACCAAGGGCCCCAUCUACGCGGGGGACGUGAGCUCCUCGGUGCGGCUGAUGGAGCAGCUGGUGGACAUCCUGGACGCUCAGCUGCAGGAGCUGCUGCCCAGCGAGAAGGACUCGGCUGGCCGGAGCUUCAACAAGCUUCAAAAACGAGAAAGGACAUGCAGGGCAUACAUGAAGGCGAUAGUAGACACGGUGGAUAACCUUCUACGUCCUGAAGCUCUGAAGUCCUGGCACGACAUGAACAGCACGGAGCAGACUCACGCGGCCACCAUGCUACUGGAUACCUUGGAGGAAGGGGCCUUUGUCCUUGCGGACAAUCUAAUGGAGCCCGCCUUCGUCAAAGUACCGGCCGACAAUAUAAUCCUUGAUGUCUAUGUGCUCAGCACUGACGGGCAGGUGCAGGACUUUAAGUUUCCACAGUUCAGCAAGGAGGGCAUCUCCAUCCAGCUGUCGGCCAACACUGUGAAGCUGAACAGCCGCAAUGGCCUUGCCAAGCUGGUGUUUGUGCUUUACAAGAACCUGGGCCAGUUCCUCAGCACCGAGAACGCCACCAUCAAGAUGGCCAACGACGCGUACGGGCGCAACGCGUCGGUGCGCGUGAACUCGGACAUCAUCGCCGCCUCGAUCAACAAGGAGUCCAGCCGCGUGUUCAUUAACGACCCGGUGAUUUUCACCCUGGAGCACAUUGACGUGGACCGCUACUUCAACUCCAACUGCUCCUUCUGGAACUAUUCAGAGAGGAGCAUGAUGGGAUACUGGUCCACACAAGGCUGUAAGCUGGUGGACUCCAACAGAACACACACCAUCUGCUCCUGCAGCCAUCUCACCAACUUCGCCAUCCUCAUGGCCCACCGGGAAAUCUCAGUUAGCGAUGGGGUGCACGAGAUGCUGCUGACCGUGAUCACGCGGGUGGGCAUCGUGGUGUCGCUGGUGUGCCUCACCAUCAGCAUCUUCACCUUCUGCUUCUUCCGCGGCCUGCAGAGCGACCGCAACACCAUACACAAGAACCUCUGCAUCAACCUCUUCAUCGCCGAGCUCAUCUUCCUCAUCGGCAUCGACAUGACCGAGCCCAGGAUCGGGUGCUCCAUCAUCGCGGGCAUCCUCCACUUCUUCUUCCUGGCCUCCUUCUCCUGGAUGUGUCUGGAGGGCGUCCAGCUCUACCUGAUGCUGGUGGAGGUGUUCGAGAGCGAGUACUCCCGCAAGAAGUACUACUACGUCUCGGGCUACCUUCUCCCCGCCAUCGUGGUGGGCGUGGCCGCGGCCAUCGACUACAGGAGCUACGGCACCAAGAAAGCGUGCUGGCUGAGAGUGGACAAUUACUUCAUAUGGAGUUUUAUAGGACCUGUAACCUGCAUAAUUAUGCUUAAUCUCAUCUUCCUGGUCAUCACAAUGUACAAGAUGGUGAAGCACUCCACUACCCUGAAACCUGACUCCAGCCGCCUGGAAAAUAUAAAUAAUUAUCGCGUUUGCGACGGAUACUAUAAUACAGAUUUGCCUGGCUAUGAAGAUAAUAAACCAUUUAUCAAGUCGUGGGUGAUGGGUGCCUUCGCGCUGCUCUGCCUGCUGGGCCUUACCUGGUCCUUCGGCCUCUUCUUCAUCAGCGACACCUCGGUGGUCAUGGCCUACCUCUUCACCAUCUUCAACACCUUCCAGGGCAUGUUCAUCUUCAUCUUCCACUGCCUCCUGCAGAAAAAGGUCCGCAAAGAGUACGGCAAGUGUUUCCGCCAGACGUACUGCUGCGGCGGCCUGCCCACCGAGAGCUCCCACAGCUCUGCCAAAACCUCCACCACCCGGACCAGCGCCCGCUACUCCUCCGGAACCCAGAGUCGUAUCAGGAGAAUGUGGAAUGACACCGUAAGAAAGCAAUCCGAGUCCUCCUUUAUCUCAGGUGACAUCAACAGCACCUCUACCCUUAACCAAGGAAUGACGGGAAAUUACCUACUAACAAAUCCUCUUCUUCGACCGCAAGGCACUAACAACCCCUAUAACACCUUACUGGCUGAGACUGUCGUAUGUAACAGCCCCACAGCCCCAGUGUUUAACUCGCCAGUGACCUACAGAGAGACAAGGCACUCAAUGAACAAUGUGGUGAGGGAUACAAGUGCAAUGGAUACACUACCGCUAAAUGGUAACUUUAACAACAGCUACUCUCUGCGCAACGGGGACUUUGGGGAUUCGGUGCAGGUGGUGGACUGCGGUCUGAGUCUGGACGACGCGGCCUUCGAGAAGAUGAUCAUCUCCGAGCUGGUGCACAACAACCUCCGUGCCUGUAACAAGAGCCAGCCGCCGCCGCCGCCGCCCCCCCCACCGACGCUGCAGCAACACCCGCACCCGCCCCCGCCGCACCAACCGCCCCCGCAGCACAAGCAACCGCCGCUCCCGCACCACCCGCACCCCCAGCACCACCCGCACCCGCACCCGCACCCGCCGCCCCAGCAGCCCCAGCAGCCCCAGCUCCCCCCGCAGCAGCAGCAGCAGCCUCACCUGCCGCCGCCGCAGCUGCAGCUGCACCACCCCCACCACCACCAACACCACCCCCACCAACACCACCAACACCACCCCCACCACCACCACCCGCACCACCACCAGACCCUCCACCUGCAGCCCCGCCACCCGCCGGGGGGGCCGCAGCCGCAGCAGCUGCAGCACCACCACCAGACGCUGCACCCCCACCCCCAUCACCGGUACCACCACACGGAGCGGGCUCCGCCCAAGGUGACCGUGGUGGGUGUCGGCGGCGGCGGCGGCGGCGGCGGCGGCAGUAGCAGCGAGGACGACGCCAUGGGGGUGGAGCCGGCCGCGUCUCUGGUGCAGGUGGGCGACGGGCCGGCCGCCCCGGCGCUAGCGCCCGCCGCCAACCCCACCCCCACCCCCGCCGGGGCGGGGGUGGGGGUGGGGUUGGGGGUGGGGGCCCUGGAGCUGCACGCCCAGCAGCGGGAGCUGGAGGCCCCGCUCAUCCCCCAGCGGACUCACUCGCUCCUCUACGUGCCCAAGAAGCUGGUGAGGACCGACGGCGGCGUGGAGACCUUUGGCGGCCCGCACGCGGACCCCGCCGCCGCCGCCGACAAUCCCGCUCCUCAUCCCUACGACGACGGCGGCGGCGGCGGCGGCGGCGGCGGCGGCGGCGGCGGGGGGAGCCCCCUGCAGUCCCCCGGCCGAGACCAUGACUCUUUGUACGCGAGCGUGCCCCGGCUGAAGGACGAGGACUCACCGUGCCCCGAGAGCUGCAGCAGCAGCCCGGACGCCCCGCCCUCGGCGGAGGACCUGUCCCCGUCCAAGGGCAGCGAGAACGAGGACGUUUACUACAAGAGCAUGCCCAACCUGGGGGCCGGCCAGCAGCAGCUCCAGGCCUACUACCAGAUCAGCCGGGUGGGCAGCGACGGCUACAUCAUCCCCAUCACCACCCCCACCAAGGAGGGCUGCGUUCCCGAGGGAGACGUGCGGGAAGGACAGAUGCAGCUAGUGACGAGCCUUUAAAUGUAUUUCAAUCAUCCCCCCCCCAUCACCAACCCUGCCCCAACCCUCUCCUUCCCCCCCCCCCCCCCCCCCCGGCUUCCCCUCUCCUGAACCUUUCAGAUAUUUGGAUUUUCUUGACCUUGCGGAAGGGAGACGGCACACAGACACAGACAGACACACACACACACACACACACACACACACACAUGCACACACACAAUGUCUGACAGCUAGGAAAGUGUUGCGUUUUUUUAUUGUUUUUCAAAGAAGACCUAGAGACCCUACCAUGCACAAAAGCCAACCAAAUCUGCACCCUACCGCCCCACGCCCCCCACCCAGCACCCAUGCAUACCACCCUUACCUUCCCUCUAGACCAAUAGACUUGAUUUACAGAGAUGGCAGUGCAAAGAACUGUACAUACAAAAAUGCAGAAGUCAAAAUUUCAAUUUUAAAAGACAAGCCAACGAUGUAUUUAAAUGUGCUGCUGCUGUAGAAUUACUGAGAAAACAAUUAAAACGUAAAACAAAAAAAAAUAAAAACAAAAUAAUAAUACUGGAUCCAUCAGAUCAGCAGGUUUACCGGUCAAAAGAUUGUACAUACACUCCACGACAUUCUCGUUGAAGCCUGUUUUGUAUUAUAUACAAAAUGACACUCUCUCGGAGCGGGAUACGGAAUAUAUGGUUGUAAUAUGUUUCAGAUGAGACUGUAAUAUUAGGAAUAUUAGAUGCUGGUCCCUCCUGAGUCGCACCGGUCACCAUGAAGUUUGGAUUGUAUUACCACUAGCAAUCCAGCCCCUGGCCUUAUAUUUUCUCAAAUGUACAUUGAACUGUUGUCAAGGAAAAUGGCUGAAAUAUAUAUUUUGUUGUAUUGCUAGUGUAAGAUAAAAAAAAAAUCAUCAAAAAUAAAUGGAUGGGACGCCGUGAAUAUGAAGAAAUCUUUGGAAAGUUUUAACAUUUGAGAGACUAUUGUGUAAAAGUUGCACAUCAAGUAUGUUAUGCGAUAUUUUAUGAAUCCAACAUGUCAUUCAUAAUAGGACGUUUGAGCAUUUAAAAGGCUGAUAGAAACUAAAGGAUUCAACCAUAUACAAGAUGCAUAUUCACUUUUUCCCCUUGUGAACAGUGUUUUUGCUUAAUGAACUCCAUAGAUAUUGCCCAUUGAAAUGCAUUUAUUUAAUAUCGCCAUUCAAAGCGACAUUAUUUUAGUACAAUGGGAUUAUAAAAAUGCCCCUUUAAAGACGUUUAUGCUUUGCACAAUUUUGUGCGAAUCUGUAUGAAAUAUAUCUUUUCAGCAUCCAUUGCAGAGUAGUGAGCAAGCGCCACUUUUUGAGGAUAGUUUCUAUACAUAGUUCUUCCGCCUGGGUUUGGACAUUUAUUUAUUAAAAGAAUCCAAAAAAUCAAUGGGAAAUAGUUGAACAUUUUCCAGCACUGGUAUAAAUGCUGUACUGUAGCUCAUUCUUUUUUCGUAAACAUGUUAUUAAGGGGCCCAUCACUAAAGACUGAUGUAAAGUUCAACACUUGUUUAAAAAAAUAAAUAAAUGUGAGAUUUUUUGUCAAA